GAUAACCGGCUGCUCAUCACUAGUCCCGAAGUUAUCGAUAACAAACAGCCGUGUGGCAUAUUUACGAAAACAAGUUGGUAAUUUUUGUGGAUUAUUGUGAAAAGCAGAGCAACAGACCACGUCAAAAUGAAGGAACAGCCGCUGAAGGAGGUCACCCAGCUGAUCCACGCCAUCAAAGUGGGCCUGGUCGAGGGCUCCUAUAGCAUUACCAACAAGACACUGGACAUAUUCAAGUACAUCAUCAUGAGCAAGAGCUGGCAGAAUGCCGAUGCCCUGAUGCAAAUAGUGCGCGCCCAGUGCCGGAUCCUGCAGGCGGCUCUGCCCCAGGAAACUGUUACCUCCAACAUCGCCCGCCGCAUACUCAAGCUGACGCGCGAGGAGUUCGACCUGCUGCAGGCCAAGGUCCAGCACUUUGCCGACGACUCGCAAGCCUCCCUCUCGCUCCACAAACUGGUCACCCAGACGAGCGAGAGCAACGUCAGUGUGGACUACUCGGUGCCGCAGAAGGGUCUGCGCGAGGCCCUCCUCGACCAUCUUCAGGAGGUGGAAACGGAGCUGGAGACCAGCUCAGAGAACAUUUGCGUCCAGGCCGAGGAGCACAUUCACUCGUCCGAGAUCAUCCUGACGCUGGGCCACUCCCGGUCCGUGGAGAACUUCCUGAAGCGGGCGAUCAAGAAGCGUCAGUUCCUCACCAUCAUUGUUGCCGAGUGUGCGCCGGCUUCCCGGGGCCACAAUCUGGCAGCCAGCUUGGCGGGGGAGAAGAAUGUUGAGAUUAUCGUCAUCCCGGAUGCGGCCAUCUUCGCGAUGAUGUCGCGCGUCAACAAAGUGAUCAUCGGAACGCACAGUGUCCUGGCCAAUGGGGGCCUGCGAGCGGCGUGCGGCGCCUACACAGUGGCCCUGGCGGCCAAGCACUACUCCGUGCCGGUCAUCGUCCUGGCGCCGAUGUACAAGCUAUCGCCGCUGCACCUCUGCGAACAGGAUGCCUUCAACAUGGUGGGCUGUGCCGAGGAUGUGAUACCCUACGAUUCGAUACCGGCGCGCGAGGCCAAAGUCUACAGUCCCAUGUUCGAUUAUGUUCCGCCCGAGCUGGUCACCCUCUUCAUUUCCAACACUGGUGGCCACGCCCCUUCGUACGUUUAUCGCCUUCUAACGGAACUGUAUCAUCCAGAGGAUCUGGAAAUCUAAGUCCUGCUUGUUACUGCCUUUUUUUUUUAAGCAAAAAAAUCCAACCAAUAAAGGCUGUCUCUCAAA